UUUUUAUUGAGCGUUUAUCCUGAUUUGUUUAUGGGCUGGUAAUGCGACCACGAACAUUCAUCCUGAUUUGCCUGCAGGAUGUUCACAGGUCUUCGGUGUGCACUGUCGGGGUUCCCCACAGUAACAGGAGAAUCACAGAAGGAAAGUAUUAAGCAGGCAAUCUGUUUCUGGCUGGACUCAGUCACUUCCGACUGCAGGAGGUGUGUAGCAGCGUGAGAGAGUCAACACGAAAAGUCCCUGAACAUGGAACUGUAAUAGGAACCUAAAUGGAGGAGAGGGACUCGCCAGGACCCAAACCUCACGAGAAGGUGGCGGUGGGAAGUAGAGGCCCUCAUGUUCUCCAGGUUGGGACCAUUGGAGAGUUCCUGAGUGGGGCCGCUCCGGUUCGGAUCAAACAAGAGCUGCACGAGGGGCUCCAACAGUGCUGGGAAGCCCAAUGGCAAGAAUUCCUGGAGAUUAUGCAGAACCCAAAGCCAGGAUGGAAAAGCCCACCAGUGCCUCAAGCCUGGCCAGAGGAGGAGACUCAGGAAAUUCAGGGAGAAUCUGAUGUCAGCCAGAGGCCUAGAGGGGAGCCUGUGACCCAGAGCCUACCAGGCUUUGGUGGAGAAACCCAAGAGAGGCUGAAGAUGUCUGUGAAAGUUGAAGAGGAUGCUCUGGGCGAGGAGGAUGUCAGUUCAGAGAUGCUGUGCCAGCGCUUCAGGCAGUUCUGUUACUGGGAGGCCGAGGCCCCCCGCAUGGUAUGCAGGCAGCUCCGGGAGCUUUGCUGCCGGUGGCUGAAGCCGGAGAGGCACAGCAAGGAGCAGAUCCUGGAGCUGGUGACCCUGGAGCAGUUCCUGAGGAUCCUGCCCCAGGAAAUGCAGAGCUGGGUCAAGGAGCGCAAUCCGGAGACCUGUGCCAAGGCUGUAGCCCAGGCGGAGGACUUCUUGAUGAAUGUGCCAGAGGCUGCAAGAGCGGGAGGCAAGGUGACAGGCCUUUUGGACAAGGUGGCAGUUAAUUCCCUCAGGUCAGAGCAAGAUCCACUGGAGACAAUGAAGAUGCACUUCUCUGUGCAGGCCAAGACAGAGGAUGAUGCAGACGCCAGCAUUCUUGAAGCUGACAGGCGUGUGCGGAAGAACAAGGAGCCCUUUCAGACCGAGCCAGGGAACCUUACUGCAGUACUGCUGGGAAGAGGCAGAGGGAUGUCUCUCCACAUUCUUGAGAUGAAUAAAACACCUGGAAGUCAACAGGGCUCAGAAGGACAUCAAGAAGACCAUCCAGGGAAGGCAACAAAACAAACUUUUUUUUGUCAGGAAGGUGACAAAGGCAUCCGUAAAAGUCCUUUUCCGGGGGGAAUCUGUAAGCACCAGACAAAAACUAUGGCAACUGACAGUGGAGAAAACCUCCAUCGGGGCUCUGAUCUUUCUAAGGAUCAAGAAGCAGCGUGGAAAGAAAAGCCGUCAAUGUGCAUCUACUGUGAGAAAGUCUUCAUGAACACAGUGCACCUUCUUGUACAUCUGAGAACCCACACAGGAAAGAGCCCCCACCAGUACGCAGAUUGCGGGCAAAGCUUCAGCCGUCUUGUCACUCACAAGAGGACCCAUGUUGUGGAGGAACGGUAUGAUUGCGCCGAGUGUGGGAAAACCUUCAGCGACGGCUCUCACCUUCGGAAACACCAAAGGGUACACACGGGUGAGAAGCUGUACACUUGCUCACAGUGUGGGAAAGUUUUCUCCCAGCGCUCUGUCCUUUGGAGACACAAGAGAACCCACACAGGAGAGAAACUGCAUACCUGCUCAGACUGUGGCAAAGGCUUCUGUGACAAAAAUUCCCUCAAUGCACACCAGAGAGCCCACAAUGGGGAGAAGCCGUUUGAGUGUUCUGAGUGCGGGAAGCGCUUCGGCUAUGCCCCGAAUCUUGCGAGGCACAAGAAGCUGCACACGGGAGAGAAGCCGUUCCAGUGCUUGGAGUGUGGCAAACACUUGUGUGAUAAGAAAUCCCUUAUCAUGCACAAGAGGACCCACACAGGGGAGAAGCCCUACGCAUGCUCAGAAUGCGGCAAGAACUUCCGCUGGAAAGGCUCCCUCCUGAUUCACGAGAAAACCCAUACAGGGGAGAAGCCGCACCAGUGUUCAGACUGUGGCAAAAGCUUCUGUGAUAAACAGUCGCUUAUUACGCACCGGAGAGCCCACACUGGAGAGAAACCCUACGAGUGCUCCAAGUGCGGGAAGCGGUUUGGUUACGCCCCUAACCUCAUCCGACACAAGAAGUUACAUACAGGAGAGAAGCCCUAUCAGUGCUCGCAGUGUGGGAAAUGGUUCUCUCAGCUCUCUGACCUUCUAAGGCACAAGACCAUCCACACACGAGAGAAACCCCAUAAAUGCACAGACUGCGACAAAAGCUUCAGCCAGAAAGCGUCCCUCGCUGGACACAGGAGAACGCAUAUGGGCGAGAAACCGUAUGAAUGCUCCGAUUGCGAGAAAAGGUUCUGCAGCUUUUGUGGUUUCCGUAAACAUCAGAGAAUCCACACAGGAGUGAAACCAAAAGGGGUUGCUUCAAGUAUAGAGAAGGUUAUGACAUGAAAACUUAGGCAGUGGGGCAAGGUGCCUUCAGUAGGAGCCCAGACUAUGCUGGAUGUCAGAAAAUUUGUACAGGAACUCAAGACUUUUGGAUAUUCUUAAAACAUAAGUGGGAGGGGACAGGGGCAUGAAAUAAUCUUGCUUCAGAGUCUAGACCAGCCUUUCCCAACCUUUGGGUCCCCAAAUGUUGUGAGACUACAAUUCCCACCAUUCCUGACCAUUGCCUGUGCUGGUUGGGGCUGAUGAGAGUUGUAGUCCAACAACAUCUGGGGACCCAAAGGUUGGAAAAGGCUGGUCUAGACCAAAUUUUCUGUAAUCUCUCCCAGCAUGCUAGACAUCAGAGAUUCUGUAGUAGUUGCUGAAGAUGUUCACCUUUUUAACUAUGGGCUAGAAUAGGGGUGGCCAUUUUUAUUAUCCAGCCACUAAUCUGCCUCCCUCAGUUCACAGGAAGUAUUUCAUAGGAAUGUGCUUUUAAAUGACUGUGCGUAUGAGAUAUGAAUGCACUUCCUGAGAAAGAUCCCUGAGGUUGUUUGGCUGCAUGGUCUUUGCUUUUCUGGAAGGCACAGGGGGAAAACGAGAGCACAUACUGGAGAAAAACUAUACAAAUUCUCAGAGUGUGAGAAUAGAUUCUGUCUGUUUUCUGUAAAAUCAGAGAAUCUACAUGAGUGUGAAAACGUAAGGAUGCUUAGAAUAUAGGAAAUGGCCUGAAAACCUAGGCCAGGGUUAGCCAACAUGGUGCCCUCCUGAUGCUAAGAGUUUUUGGCCUGAUCUAGGCAGACUCUCCUUAUGUUCUUAUGCCUCUUAUUUUUAUUUUAGAGUGCAAGCCUUGCCUCUGGCCCCUUCCAACCAGGAAGACUAAGCCGCUAUUCAUUUGCCCUUAAAGCUGGGAUGGGGAACCUGGUGGCCUUACCUGAUGUCACUGGACUCCAGGUCCCAUCAGCCCUAGCCAGCAUGGUUAAUGGUCAGGGAAGCUAUUCAGCUAACUUUCUGUGCUAGGAUUAGCGCAGAGCUUGGAAUAGUUACUUUUUUAAAACUACAACUCCCAUCAGCCCCAGCCAGCAUGGCCACUGGAUUGGGCUGAUGGGAGUUGUAGUUCAAAAAAGUAACUUUUCCACACUCUGGAGCACUAGUACAAUGAAGUUCUCUUCCCCAUGCGCAUGCCUCAUCAUCCUCAAAUCUGCUCCGAGAGUUGGGAGAACCCCCAGAACAGAUUUAGUGGGCGUGUGAGAGGAGAGGAUGGGGAGAUUGCAGUGACAGAAUGAUUAUCUUAGUGCUCCAUUGAAUACAACCCUGUGUGUACAUAUGUGUGGAACAUUGUCCUGUUUUGUUUGUGUCAUUAUACCAAAUGACAGGUCUAGCGCCAGGGGUCAGCACUACUGGGCAUUUGCUGAUGGCAUGAGACCUCAGGAGGGCCCACCGCCUACUCUGAUGCAACCCACAGCACCAUCCAGAGCCUCUUCUCACUGCUGCAGCCUGGGUGACUGAGCAACACUAGGUCAGGGGCCCAGAGGGGGAAUUGAAAUGGAAGGUGUCAGCAUUAGCACUUGCCAGCAAAAUUGGUUCUGCCCACCCUUCCACUACCAGUAAGGUAGAAAUGGGGAACCUGUGGCCUUCUAGAUGUUGUGGGACUCCCACCAGCCCUAGGCAGCAUUGGUAAUGGUCAGGGAAGAUGGGAGUUGUAGUCCAGCAUCAUCUGGAGAGCCACUGGUUUCCUAUCCCUGCCCUGGUUCAUAAAAACCUCUGCCGUGGGGAAUAUCCUGCUAUGUAGGGGGAGGCAAAUCUGCCAAUUUCAGUUUCUCAUUUUUCCAGUCUUAAGGUCAGUUUGCCACAUUUCCACAUUAAUUUGCAAUGUCUUUCUUUUCAAAUCCACACAAAAAUACAUUAGGAUUUCAGUGCUCAUUUCUCCUGUUCUGUAUGCAGUUUUCCCUAAUAUAAUCAGUUGACUUCAGGUCAGUGAAAACCAACUGCUUGAUAGGAAUCUAGGACUCAGAGUGUGUAAACGCUUGAAUGGUACAGUUGCAUUGCCAGUUCUGGUCCCCAAUGGGUGACCUGUCGCUUUAAGCAUUAGGACCACAGGAAGUUGCCUUAUACUGAGUCAGACUAUUGGCCCAUAAAUUGCCUUAUUCUGUCAGACUAUUGCCUACACCAGUGGUUCCCAAACUUCCCCCCCCCCCCCGAGAUCACUUGGUGGACCACUUAAUAAUGUUUCUGCCUGCUUUAGCAAUCCCAAUGUACUGUGCUAGAUGCUAUACGAUUCUUCUUGUUGUUAUUAUGUGUAAGUCAAUUACAACUUAUGGCGACCCUAUGAAUCAGCGACCUCCAAGAGCAUCUGUCAUGAACCACCCUGUUCCGAUCUUAUAAGUUCUAGUCUGUGGCUUCCUUUAUGGAAUCAAUCCAUCUCUUGUUUGGCCUUCCUCUUUUCCUACUCCCUUCUGUUUUUCCCAGCAUUAUAGUCUUUUCUAGUGAAUCAUGUCGUCUUAUUAUGUGUCCAAAGUAUGAUAACCUCAGUUUCAUCAUUUUAGCUUCAUGAGAUGCAAAAAUAACAUUGUGGGUUUAAAAAAAAAAUCAAAAGUGGCUUCUGGGUUGCAACUUUGGAUUAAAGAUGGGUCUUGAAAUAUUA